AUGAAGAUCGACAAGAAUUCCGAAGACGGGUUCAACUUGCUGAACUGGAAGCUCCCCGGACAGGCUGCGGGAUCCAGCAUGGCGGGCGACUUCGCCGGGCGAUGCUACGAUGUCAUCUCGAAGCGGCCGAUGCGGACCGAAGUCGGGAACAUGUCCAUCGAGGAGGUCAAUGAGAAACUCGACCGACUGUCAGCGGCCUCUAAAGAAGACGAGCAGCUUCCCAUUCUAACAGACUUCUACCGGCACAUGAACCCAGAGGAGCUGAUGUGGUUGAUCCGGAUUAUACUUCGUCAGAUGAAAGUCGGGGCGACGGAGCGGACGUUCUUUGAUGUAUGGCAUCCCGAUGCGGAAAAUCUGUACAGCAUCUCCAGUAGUCUCCGACGGGUCUGUUGGGAGUUGCAUGACCCGAACAUUCGACUUGAGGCCGAGGACCGGGGGAUCGCAUUGAUGCAAUGUUAUCAGCCGCAGCUGGCACAGUUCCAGAUGCAUUCGCUGGAUCGGAUGAUUAGUCGCAUGAAGCCGACCGAGGAUGACCCUGUAUUCUGGAUCGAGGAGAAGCUCGACGGUGAACGCAUGCAACUCCACAUGCAGUCUGACGAUUCCAUUCCCGGGGGCAGGAGGUUUCGGUUUUGGUCGAGAAAAGCCAAGGACUACACAUACCUUUAUGGUGGUGGAAUAUAUGACGAGAAUGGUGCUUUGACAAGACAUCUAAAAGACGCUUUCGCAGAUGGGGUCGAAAGCCUCAUCUUGGAUGGUGAGAUGAUCACAUGGGAUCCAGAACAAGAUGCUCCUGCUCCCUUCGGUACUCUGAAGACUGCGGCAUUGUCCGAGCAAAGAAACCCUUUCUCAGGAGGAUCCCGUCCUCUCCUGCGCGUGUUUGACAUUCUCUACUUGAACGGACGCGACCUGACCAGAUAUACACUCCGGGACCGUCGGAAUGCGUUGCAGAAGAGUAUAAAACCUGUCCACCGCCGGUUCGAAAUCCAUCCCUACCAGGAAGCGACCGGCAAAGCUGAAAUUGAAGCCGCGUUAAGAUCGGUUGUCGCAGAGGCUUCAGAGGGCCUGGUGCUCAAGAACCCUCGCUCGCCGUACCGCUUGAAUGAACGACAUGAUGAUUGGAUGAAGGUGAAGCCGGAGUACAUGACCGAAUUCGGAGAGUCUCUUGACGUUGUAGUUAUUGGAGGCUACUUUGGAUCAGGCCACCGAGGUGGCAGGCUUUCGAGCUUUCUGUGCGGGCUCAGAGCAGAUGGCGGUCACUCGUCUCAGGGCGCCACUUCAACGAAAUGCUAUUCUUUCUGCAAGGUAGGCGGAGGGUUCAACGCGGCCGAUUAUGCCAAUAUUCGACAUCACACGGAUGGCAAAUGGAAGGAAUGGAACCCCAAGAAGCCUCCCACAGAGUAUAUAGAACUUGCAGGGGGUGAUGCGCAGCACGAACGCCCAGAUAUGUGGAUCAAGCCAGAAGACUCAGUCGUCCUCUGCGUCAAAGCAGCCUCCGUCUCGGUCAGCGAUCAGUUCCGAAUUGGCCUAACACUACGCUUUCCACGGUUCAAGAGACUGCGGAUGGACAAGGAUUGGAAAAGCGCGCUGUCGGUGCAGGAAUUUCUGGACCUCAAAUCAAACGUGGAGCAGGAGCAGAAGGAAAAGGAGUUUAGCGUCGACAACUCGCGCAAGAAGCGUGUCAAGAGAACGACGAAAAAGCCCCUUGCCAUUGCAGGGUACGAUUCGGACGCUGAGAUCGAAUAUGCAGGUCCUUCUGGGCAUAUAUUUGACGGGCUCAACUUUUUCGUCUUGACGGACUCCAACAUGCCGGUAAAGAAGUCGAAAGCGGAGUUGGAACAGCUUGUAAAAGCGAACGGCGGCAAGUUUUAUCAGACGAACAACGCGGCUCCUCACACAAUCUGCGUGGCAGAUAGAAGAACGGUGAAAGCUGCCUCUCUGCAGAAAAGCGGCAAUGUCGCUAUAGUACGGCCUUCGUGGAUCCUUGAUUGUGUCCGGCAAAAUGAAAUUGAUGCCGGGCUGCCCGAUUUGCUCUUGCCUUUUGAGCCUAGACACAUGUUCUUCACCACCAAGGAUAAAGAGGAGGAGAUCAUGGCAAGCCUUGAUCCAUAUAAUGAUAGCUUUGCUCGGGAUACCACUAACGAGGAGCUCGUCGAAAUCUUGAAGAACAUGCGCAAGGACCACGAUUUAGAUGCUUCUCAGAACACCGACGCGAUAGACAAACUGAUCAAGCGCAUUCAAGAGAAAGCCAGCUCUGGGGCCGAGGCUCCGUUGGGGUGGUUGUUCAAAGGACUGACCAUCUUCUUCCCACAACUGAAGAAAGAUGAGAUAGAUGGCGAGACUCCAGCAUCCACUCAGAUCUACCGCCUGUCCUUAGCAGCGAACACCAUCCGCUUUGCGGGUGGUUGCGUGGUGGACUCCAUGAAACACCCGUCUCUUACUCACAUCGUGGUGGUGCCGGAUAGUUCCUCUUCGGAGGUCUCGUCAAUUCGAAAAUCGCUAUCAGCAAAGGCAGGGGGAAAGCUCCCACAUCUCGUCACGGUGGAAUGGAUCGAGGAGAGCUGGGAGCAACGGACAUUGUUGGAUGAAGAACGUUAG